UCUUUCGGAUCAUACAGGUGACAAAUGAGAAGUGUUCUGCUGUGAAUGAUAUCGAAUCGCGAUGUGAUCGCACGGUUGCCGCGAAAUCUGAUCAAUUCCUCGGAUAGCUUUUGCGGGAGUGAAGCUAAGCUCGUAAACGUGGCGACGACUCAAGUGGUUCGUGUUACAAAUGCAGCAGAAACUUCGGAUGCUGAACUUGAAAGCGAGGCUUUGGAUGUCGAUGUCGACGAUGUCUCAACAGUCCCAUUGGAUGACUGCAUCGACGGUGUCGCUGCUGUCGGUUCUUCGACUGCUAACGAAAACGCUUUUGUUCAGGACACUGAGUGUGAUCUGAAUAUUCCAGAGCCUUUCGAGGACCAACCUGUGUACGCUUCAAAAGAAAUCGACGACGCUUCUUCUUUUAAUUUAAAGAAUGAAUUACCCGAGAAACCUGCAAAGAUUACGCUUGAUCCCGUCAAUGGAAAAUCCCGCAAUGCCUCCAGUGUUCAAGACGGACCUAGUGUGCAAAUCGACGUGAAUGGCGACGACGGAACGACUACUACUGCAAAAGGAAAAGUUCUUGCCAAAAAGCGCAGGAACCCGAGAGCUGCUCCGUCACGGAAACCAGCUGAGAAGAAACAAAAACCUCCCACUGGGCGUCGUGUUCGGGUAUCGAAGAAAACUCCUGCGAAUCCUAACGAGUCCCAAGGACAACUUCCCUCUACGACGAAAACUCAAACAAGACCGAAAAAAACCGGUAAAGCGGCUGGUCCCGCUGUGAAAUCGAAGAAAGCCUCGGCGAAAGACAAAACCGCAGUUCAAGGAACUAAGAAACCGUACUUUCGCAAAAAACCGCCUGCGGACAAGAAAAAUGGAAAGAAAGACAAGAAGCUGAGCAAAGACGCUUUCGACCUGUUCGCGUUAUUUGACUCGUACGAUUCGAAGGUAGAUGGAAGUUCAGACAUUCCUCCAGCUAUGUCUUCUGGUCUUUCGUUCGCAACCCCUGCGAAACCUGGGUCAAACUUGAAAAGUCCAUACAAAAACGUGAAAGCUUCGAAAGGAGGCGAUGGAAAAGGCUCGAUUCCUGGUGAAUUGUCGGAAGAUUUGUCUAUCGACGCUGAUGGUAAACCACGGAUGGGGAAGACGGUUGUCGAUUCGUCUGGGAAUCCCCGGAGGAGAAAUGCUGGUGAAAGAAAGAAAAUUUCAAAGCUGGCUCCCUCAGAAAAUGGGCAGGAAAUUUCGAGGCGUUCCUUUGAUGACCCUGGGCCGAGUUCGGUGAGAUAUGCGAAGGAAAUUGCGAGGCAUGCUGUGUCCCCUGGUCGUGGCAGAAAUUCCCACAAUUCUCCUUCUCACGAGAAAGCGGAAGAGUUGCAUAGUUCCAUUUCAAACACUGUUGAAGCAAAUACUGACGAAGAGACAUCAAGAGAACCGGAUUCGCGGCGACGAUUUCAAGAUGGAAAUAAACACUCCACUCAGCGUCAUGGAGAUGAAAAAUAUCAGGACUCAGUGCAAGAUACAAAAAAGGAGGAAAUAAAUAUCCCGUAUAAUCGUUCCAAACGAACCAAUUCAGAAAUGGACGAUUCACCGGAACUGCGGCGAAGGAAAGAAAGGCGACGCGACGGCGAUGGAGGUUCUCGGCGUCGUCACCGGGACUCUGACGUGUCGGAUGCGUCAAAUAACUCUGAAGAAGAGCGGAGACGAAUGCGCAAAUCCCACAAGCGGCGCUACUACGAGCGGCGUAACAAUGAUCCGCGUUCUUCCCGAGGGUCAUUUUCUUCUCGCAGUCGCAGUCCGAAGCGUUCUCGGCGUCAUGCAGAGGACGAGCAUUCGGACGACUGCGAUUAUCGGGACAUCGCGACUUCGUCCAAGGGAGGUCAACCGUUGUCGGAAGCAGCUCGUGAACUGUUGAAGGAGCUAUUCUUGAGGAAAAUCCGGAGAAAGCAUCGUUGUUCGAAGUACUGCGAAAUGCAUUACGAAGUACCCGAUGGCGAUUUUGCUUACGAGCAGCAGCAGCGUAAAUUUGGUUCCCGCGUGAACCAGGUUUUUUACGAGUCGAGACACGAGUACGACGACGGCUACUUCCGGAGUACUAGACCGUACUACGCUCCCGCGGGAUUUUACCAAGGCUCGGAUCGUCGGUUCUUGGAAAUGCCGACGGAAAUGUCAGACCCUCCGGCUGUUUAUUACCCCAACGUGCAGAGAUACCUCAUGGAAAAUGACUUGUCAGGGCUGACGUCCGACGGCAGGCAUUACUUGCCUGACAACGCGCUGUUGCAAGGAAUGGCACCUUCGUCCUACGAUCCCCGGUAUCAACUGGCUGUGCAAGAUCCUUUCCCUCCGCGAUAUUCGGAGUGUGUCUACGAACCCAUUUCGCGGGUUCACAAAGAUGUGAUAAAUUCCGCGUUUGUUGGUGACACGGUCGCUGUUGCCCGGCUGCCAGUACCAACAGCUGCAGUACCAUUAACGCCUUCAUCUUCACCACCUCCACCACCUCCACCACUUCGUCAUUCCAUGUCGGUCAGUUCCAAAGCACGUGAUGAAUACGUUGUCAAUGAAGAGCGUGAAAUGUCGUAUGUUCGUGUGAGUGGCGAAAGACGUGAUGCGAAUGCCGCAGUUCCGCUGCAGAAUGCGGCGAGUGAUAGUGCGAAUCGUGAGAGGUUGUUGGAGAAGGCGAUGCGGAAUAUCAAACGGGAUUUCAGGAGUCCACCUUCUCCGGGGGCCUCGGAAUACGGCGGCGGGUUUCCGGAAUCUGAAUACCGUGCGAAUCCCAUAUACCCGAGUGACGAUUACAGCGUGAAUUUUCGGUCCAGCAACAUUUCUGACGGCGUGGUGUCGCUGGGCAGACGGAUGCGACGAGACGAGUGCGAUGUCGAGUGUGUGGAAAUUCUUCCGGGGCGUGGUGUCCAGCAACAUGUGCCGACGGGUUUGCAUGGACUGCCGACGAGACACGUGAAUGAAGAUAAAUCGAGGAAAAUGGAGGAAUCUUAUCUGCCGCGUCAUUCAAUGGCCGAGAUUCACGGCAGUGGCAUCUCAAGGAGUGGCCGUUAUUAUGAUGCUUCUCAUUCCAAAGAAAGGAGAGACUAUUCCUUCGUUACGAGGGGUAGUCAUGCGGUGGUACGGUCUGUACACGAAGCGGAAAGGAAAAUACCUGUGCUGAAAGAAGUCGUUGAUGCGCAAAUUGAACAUGGAGUAUCUUCGUUCAAUGCCGGGUCCACGUCGAAGGAAAAAUACGUGGUCUCUGGUUAAAUUCGAAGAAUUCUUCUCGCAGUGAAGAAUUCUUUUUCUGUUGAGGGCCUCUGUAUUUGUUUCUUGGUCUCGCUGGUUCUAAGAGAAAUAAAGUUUUAUACUUGGAUGUUUUGCUGAAACAGGAUCAUGAAAACAAAUUCAUUUGGGUACCCAGUGUCAGAUUUAUGUUCGUUCACGUUGUCUGAGAAGAAACUGUACUGGCAUUCAUGUGAACGUAUUUGGUUACGUGAUAUUUUCCUCCAUCGCAUUUGUUUGAUUAAAUGGAGAUGAUCCGUUAACGUUGUUUUUCAAAAGGAAUGCAGAAAAGAUAGAACACCUCCAGAAAUACUUUUAAUCGGAACCUUAUCGUAUCUUCGUGUUGGUGUUUUUACCCUCAUGUAUCGAGUGUCCUUUUCUCAAAUGGGUCUCUGCUAAAGGCAACUACCGGCCAACAGCCGUGUAUGAAU